AUGACCUUGACCCAACUGUGCUACGUGUGCCUCGCGGUGCUGCUUGGAUCCCUCGCGCUUUCCCGAGUGGACGGCGCUCCCCAGUCGGAGCGACUCGGAGAAUACCUGGAGACGGAGGAGGACCUUGCUCGAAUGCUCUUACUGGACUAUCUGGCUGAAAUGGCCCCUGCCCGCACCAACGAGGUACUACCCGAGGAGGAGGUGUCGGGGAUCAGGGAAGUGAUGCGGCGCCACCUGGCCCUUUCCCAAAGGGAGCGCAAGGCAGGCUGCCGGAACUUCUUUUGGAAGACGUUUACAUCUUGUUAG